CAUGGAAUCAAGUGCAUAGUACUGCCAAAUGGCUGUUUUAUCGAUGGGUGUUCCAAGUUGUUCAUCCAGGUUGGCAAAAGGCAAGCAUCUGAGGCGUCGUCUGGCAACGACGCUGUUGAUUGACUCAUCGGAAGCAGCUCCCCUGGCGGAUCCUGGUUGUGGUUGCGGAACAUGUUCUGGCUGUUGUGGAGUGUGCUGCUGUCAACAGAUUUCCUCGUCGAUCGAAGAUUAUGGGACGGAUGAAACCGAAACUGUUGAGACUCGUUCUCCGUUCAUUCCGGCACUGGUCGUUGGGGCGGUGGAAGCAGCCGAAGUGAUCGGUCCCGCCAUUGUUGCAGGGGCGGAAGCUUUGGUGGACUUUAUUGGACCAGCUCUGGCAACGGUUGGUCGUUUCGCUGUGAAUGCCGUGAAGAAUGUGCCCCCGCAAAUGUGGGACAACAUGGGAACGGCACUGGGAGUAGCUGCCGAUGCUGCAGAAGUAGUGUAUGAGAAGCCUUAGGGAAAUAAAACAGGUGUUCAUUACCUCACAACUCAGCAUUACGUGAUAAAUGAUC